UUCAGAGAGCGGAUUCCCUCCAAGGUGGGGCAGGUUGGCGGGGCUGGGGGAGGCCCCAGGCCACGUGGCACUGUGUCCCAGGGCCCUUUGUGACACGCUGGGCACGGCCGGUGGGAUGGAAGGGGGCAGGGUGUCCAAGGGCCCUUUAUGACCCGUGGUGACAGAGGUGCUGCUGGUGACACGGCCCCAGUGUCAACAGUGCUCCUCGGAGCAGGCGACGGGACAGGACGGGACAGAGCGGUGCUGUGCGGAGCCCCCGCGCAGCCAACUCGUGCCUUGCUGACCCGGAGCGUUUUGGAGGAUUUUCUCGCUUUCAGGUGACCUCGAGGCAUUUCCACAGGAUUUGGAGACCCGGAGUUUCUCCGAGGUGUCUCUAAUCCCUGUGGCAGGUGCCCUUGAGACCCUUUUGCAGGACUUGGAGACCCGGAGUUUCUCCGAGGUGUCUCUAAUUCCUGUGGCAGGUGCCCUUGAGACCCUUUUGCAGGACUUGGAGACCCGGAGCUUCUCCGAGGUGUCUCCAAUCCCUGCGGCAGGUGGCCUCAAGGCCAUUCUGCAGGACUUAGGGCCCGGAGUUUCUCCGAGGUUCUCUUUCUCUCUUGCAGGUGCCCUGGACACCAGACUGUGGCAUGGCAGGGAGACGCUUCAGCCUGCUCAGGCUGUUCCGGAGGAAGAAGGAGGAGGAAAGCCCUGGGGCUGCUCCAGCACAGCAGCCUGAAGAGGUGCAGCAGGUGCAGCCCCCGCAGGAGGAUGCAGGCCAGGAGCGGACAGAAGAGCAGCUCCGUGCCCGUGGCCGCUUCCGCAGGGCAGCACAGGUACCUGCAGCCAUCCCCGCCUGGGCUGGGCCUGCUCUCACUGCUCAGCCCAGCACCGCUGUCGCGGCCCUCCAGGGGAAAUCCCUCUCUUCCCUGCCCUUCUUUCUCCUGCAGACAUUUAUGAAAUUCAUGGGCAGUCGGCGUAGAAAGGCCAGGAUCACACCAGCUGAUGUCCAGGCCCAGCCUGACACCAUCCCGACCCAGCUGACAAAUCCUGAUGUCAGCACCGCGUCGACUGCUGCCCCAGCAAAGUGUGACACCACAACCAGUGAUCACACAACCCACUGGGACACCACGUCCACCGAUGAUGUGUCACACUGUGACUCUGUGCUGCCUGGUCUCACGGAGGAGGCCGACACCACAACGACGGAGGGCGUGGCGAGCACUGACGCCGCGCCUGUUCAGCGCCUGGCCGAUACCCCCAGCCUGGAGUUUCUUGAGGAGAGAGCUGUCUCUGCUGAAGUAAGCAGCCUGUGGCCCCCCAAGCUGGGUGCGCUGGGCCCCCUCAGCCUUUGAGGCUGGCACAGUGUGCUGGGAAG